AACAACCACCACAAUCCACAUAGUCUUCCUCUCUGUCAAAUAUUGAUACAAAUAUGUUAAAACCUGGAAAACUUCCAUGUUUAACCUUCAUGCUAAGCAAGGUUAGGUGAGUGACAGCAACUUUGAACAUCAAACUCCCUUCAACAACUUUUUGCAAAAUCCUUCCUUUUACAACAUCUCUUGUACAAGGUGUCUUUUACAAUUCAACUAAUCAAAAACUUAUCAUAUGAGUGAUUUCCAAAUUGAAAUAACUUGACCAAGAACACCAAUAGUACUCUAGUUAAAGCCAGAGUACCAAUAUUGGUUCUUAUUUUUCUUUGUUAUUGAAUGAAACAAACAAUGCAGCUUCUCAUAUCACCAAGUCUAAGGCAUGUUACUCUCCUACCAGCUAAAGGUUUCAAGGAGUUCAUCAAAGUAAAAGUUGGUUCAAGACGAUUAUCGUAUCUCAUGGUCUUCUAUUCACUCCUGCUUUUUACAUUUCUUCUCCGGUUUGUCUUCGUUUUAACAGCUGUAGACACCAUCGAUGGUGAACGAAAAUGUUCAACGCUAGGUUGCUUGGGGAGAAAAAUUGGACCAAGGAUUUUGGGAAGACAGCUCGAAUCAACUGUUCCAGAGGUGAUAUACCAAGUAUUGGAGGAACCUUCAGACCAGAUUGAAAUGGAAGCAGGUCCCGAAACUCCUCAAACAUUAGAAGAGUUUAUGGCAGAAAUGAAGGACACAAAGCCAGAUGCAGAAACCUUUGCUGUCAAACUUAAAGCUAUGGUAACUCUCCUUGAACAAACAACAAGAACUGCCAAAAUUCAAGAGUACCUUUAUCGGCAUGUGGCAUCUAGUGGCAUCCCGAAACAGCUGCACUGUCUUGAUCUCAAGCUAGCGCAUGAGUAUUCUAUCAACGCCAAUGCCCGUCUCCAAUUACCAUCAGCGGAACUUGUUCCUGCCCUGGUUGAUAAUUCAUAUUUCCAUUUUGUCCUUGCCUCUGACAAUAUUCUUGCUGCUUCUGUUGUUGCAUCAUCGCUCGUCCAGAACUCUUUCCGCCCUGAAAGAGUUGUCCUUCACAUAAUCACGGAUAGCAAAACCUUCUCACCGAUGCAAGCUUGGUUUUCAUUACAUCCUUUGACACCUGCAAUCAUCGAGGUUAAAGCGUUGCACCAUUUUGAUUGGUUAACAAAGGGAAAGGUCCCAGUUCUGGAAGCAAUGGAAAAAGACCAGAAAGCAAGAUCACAAUUCAGGGGAGGAUCAUCAGCAAUCGUAGCAAAUACAACCGAAAAGCCUCAUAUCAUUGCAGCAAAGUUGCAAGCCCUCAGUCCCAAAUACAAUUCCCUAAUGAACCACAUAAGGAUAUAUUUGCCAGAAUUGUUUCCCAGUCUUGAUAAGGUAGUCUUCCUGGAUGACGACGUCGUCGUUCAAACUGAUCUUUCAUCUCUAUGGGACAUUGACAUGAAUGGAAAGGUGAAUGGAGCAGUGGAGACAUGUAGGGGAGAGGACAAAUUUGUGAUGUCAAAGCGCUUCAAAAGCUAUUUGAAUUUUUCUCAUCCUAUGAUAUCAAACAACUUUGAUCCGAAUGAAUGCGCAUGGGCUUAUGGCAUGAAUAUUUUUGAUCUAGAAGCAUGGAGAGAAACAAAUAUAAGUCAAGCAUACCAAUAUUGGCUUGAACAGAACUUGAAGUCAGACCUAAGUUUGUGGCAGCUAGGAACAUUACCUCCAGGUCUAAUUGCAUUUCACGGUCAUGUCCAUGCCAUUGAAUCCUUCUGGCACAUGCUAGGACUCGGGUACCAAGAUAAUACGAGUAUUGCGGACGCUCAAAGUGCUGGUGUGAUCCACUUCAACGGUCGAGCAAAACCUUGGCUAGAUAUAGCAUUCCCUCAACUUCGACCCUUGUGGACAAAGUAUGUCAACUUCUCUGAUAAAUUUAUCAAUAGCUGUCAUAUUAGAGAAACUUGAACCUGGGGAAAGGAUUUGUUGACCAUGUUGCUUGUAAACAAGAAACAAAAUUUUGAGAAAGGUGAACCAUGUAUAGAAGGUUUCGCUCCGUGACGCGAGAUGGCAACAGCCCCGAGCCUGACAUUCUGGAACUCUUCAAGGCUACUAUACUUUCUGCUUCCCUGAUGUACUUUACUCUAUAGUUAGAUAUUGUACAAUUUACGGUGGAUUCUUUCACUAAAUAAUACUUAGAUAUAAUAAGAAAAGAUACUCUUCCAUCCAA